GUUGGAGCAAUCCCUGCAAAUGCAGCUGAUGAUGGACAGUGGUCUCAGGGACUUAUUUCUGCUGCCCGAAUGGUGGCAGCUGCAACCAGCAAUCUCUGUGAAGCAGCUAAUGCCUCAGUACAAGGCCAUGCCAGUGAGGAGAAGCUCAUCUCAUCUGCCAAACAAGUGGCAGCUUCUACAGCACAGUUGCUUGUGGCUUGCAAAGUGAAGGCUGAUCAUGACUCUGAAGCCAUGAGGAGGCUACAGGCUGCAGGAAAUGCUGUCAAACGAGCAUCAGACAAUCUUGUCAGAGCAGCCCAAAAAGCAGCAUUUGGGAAAGCAGAGGAUGACGACGUUGUGGUCAAAACAAAGUUUGUUGGUGGCAUUGCUCAGAUCAUUGCAGCCCAAGAAGAAAUGCUGAAGAAGGAAAGAGAGCUGGAAGAGGCAAGGAAAAAACUGGCUCAGAUCCGCCAACAGCAAUACAAAUUUCUACCUACAGAGCUGAGAGAAGAUGAGGGUUAACCUGCUGAGAUUUUCUUUUUUCUUUUUCUUUUUUUUUUUUGUCUAUUUUUUUUUAAAUUGUCUUUUAAAGAAAUAAGCUAAAGGAGGACAAUACAGUGAGAACUGCUCUGACAACAUUCUGGUAUGCCAAGCACUUACCUAGAUAAACUGCCUGUCAUAGCUUUGGGUGAGCAGAGGGCAAUAAACACUUGUUCUUUCUCAUCUGGUCAGCUGAGGUGCAUGAUGAUCAAAUAAUGGUACAGUGUUAGGUUCAUAAUUCCUGUUCCUUCCUUGACUUAUAUCUCAGGAGAGAAUGUUUCACUUUUUACUAUAGAUACUAAGUCAGUAUUAUUGUUGCUUUCCUGAUGCUUGAGGUAUUUAUCGUUCCUUGACUUGUUAUAAAACAUUCAUCAUUAUUAAUAGGCAGUCAAGAAAUCUUUCAUAUGAUAAAUAUCACAUGAGCUGGUGGUUCUCCCCCGCUUACCCUUGUGUAAAGAAGACCAAGAUGGAGAAGGAUGUAUGUCUGAGUGGAGAAACAUGCAUGAGUGUGGGUUUGAAGAAGAUGCCUGUCCUCUUUCAGUGUUAUAUAGCUGGUUCACCACAAAACUGGAGGAAUUGUCUCUGCACCUGUUUGCACUAGUAGUAUUACUCCUUACCUGAUACCAACAAGCUUCUGCUUGUACCGUAUUUAGGUUUACAGAAUGUGGCAAUAGCCAUUCUUUAAAGAGCUCAGAAAACAAAGAAAUGGAAACCUUGUCACUGCCUCAAUAAUAGCAGGUUCAUGAAGGAAAAUGCUG